AUGGCACAAGAUCCAUCGUUGACAGCAGCAUCAUUGAUAAUAGGUGAUGAGAUUCUAAAUGGAAAGACUCAAGACACCAACUCACACUAUCUUGCUCAGUUUCUAUUCAAACUUGGCAUUGAACUGAAACGUGUUGAAGUUGUAAGUGAUGACAUGGACGCUAUUGCAGACUCUAUUCGACGGCUGUCAAAUGACCAUGACAUUGUAUUCACCAGUGGUGGCAUAGGCGUUACGCAUGAUGAUAUCUCCUAUGCUGCCAUUGCCAAAGCAUACCAACUUGAGCUAAAACUGGACAACGAUACCUAUGAACGUGUGCAAGCCAUGCUCAACAAGCGCAAGAUCACACAGCGCGAAGGAUACGAACGGCUAGCAACAUUUCCUCAUCCUGCGCAACUGUUACGACCCCAACAAAGCUUCUUGAUUCCUGUCGUCAUCGUCAACGAUAACGUUUACAUUCUGCCUGGCAUCCCACGCCUUUUCCAACUGUUGUUAGAGUCACUGAAACCACAUCUGCAGCAGCUCAGUCUAAAGAAGAACGGCAAGCACAUCAUUGGCUUUUCACGGACAGAUAUUGCAACACAAAAGAGUGAGGGUGCAAUUGCAUCCACAUUGUCAGCUAUCCAAGCGCGCUAUCGGGAUAUCAAGAUCGGCAGCUAUCCACUCAUGGGCGAUAAAGAUGUCAGCGUGGUCGUUAGCGUGGUCGGCAAGAAUAAUAACGCAGUUGAAUCGAUAGCACAAGAGAUUGCUACGAAGAUUGAUGGCUGGACACUCGUCAGCAAUAGCAGCAAAAACAACAAUGCCAAAGCACAUCUCUAA